AUGGCUCCGGGAGUUUUCGUAUCGUCAAACCCUCCGAUUCAACAAUGGCCGAUUAUACCUGUUGAAAAAAUUGAACCGGAUUUAAUAUUUGACUUUGAAUCUACCGGCGGUGCCGACGAUAAUAAAAAAGGUGAAGAAUUUAAAACCAUUGUUCUAACAAAACCCGUACCCGUACCCGUACCAGUACCAGUACCCGUACCUUUACCAUACCCUCAUUUAAAUUAUUUAAAUAAUAAAAAAUCAUCGUUUGAUAAAGACACUUCCCCGGGUAGUAUUUAUCCGGUAUUUUCAUCUCAACGUACCCUGAUACCUUUAAUAAGAGAAACGCCACAUCAAGGUUUGAGGUAUAUAAAUUUACCACCUGGUGGUGGUGGUGUUGUUGGUGUUGCACCACCUCCCCAACUGAUAAAUGAUAAAAUUCCUCUUUUAACAUAUGCGACAAAUAACGUACAAAGUGUGACCGUAAGACCUUUGAACUCCGUUCUUCACGUUACGCCGAAUGUCGCUUUGGUAUCGACACCGAAACCGGAAAUAUUAUACACUUCCGAUUUUAAUACCCCCGCUAAACACGGAAUAAAUGAAGAAACGUUGAAAAAAAUAAAUUUUGGAAUUUAUCUCGUACCCGUUCCUGUUGGAAAAAUACAAGAAAAUGUUGGCAAUGUCGUUUCAUCUGAUAGGAAAAAUAAUUAUUUAAAUGGAGUCACAGUUUUAAUAAUAUACAGUUUAGGAGAAGACUGGGGAGGAAAUCAAAAGUUAGAGAAAAUGCUCAAGUUGACGAAAUUUAUUUUACUCGUAUUAGUAGCCACUGGAGCUUAUGGAUUUCCAAGAACUAAAAGAGGUUUUGCUGCUGGACACGGUCAAGGAGUUGGACUUGGUCUUUCUGGAGGAAGUGGACUCGGAGUUUCUGGCGGAAGUGGACUUGGAUUUUCUGGCGGAAAUGGAAUUGGAAUUUCUGGAGGAGUUGGAGUUGGUGGUGCAGGAUUGAUUGGAGGACAAGGUUUGGGUGGUGGUGUUUCGACUAGCUCUGUUUCUACUGUUACUAACAACGUACCAGUACCCGUACCAGUAAAUAACGUUGUUCCCGUACCUGUUGAAAAUACCGUUCCCGUACCAGUGCCAGUUGAAACGAGCGUUCCGGUUCCUGUUGACAGACCAGUACCUUACCCUGUCAGCCAAACCGUACCCGUUCAAGUCGAACAAGUCGUACCACAACCUGUACCUGUUGAACAAAGCGUUCCCGUUCCAGUUCCCGUCGAAAGGCAAGUACCAUACCCCGUUACCGUCGAAAGAAAUGUUCCAGUACCAUACCCAGUAGAAAGACAAGUCCCAUACCCAGUCGAACAUUCCGUACCAUACCCAGUUCCAGUUGAAAAUAAAGUACCAGUACCAGUCCCAUACCCAGUUCACGUCGAAAAGAAAGUACCAAUUCCAGUUCAACUUCAAAAGCACGUACCAUAUUUCGUUCGAGUAGAAAAGAAAGUACCAGUUCACUAUCCAGUCAAAGUCGAAAAGGUUGUACCAGUACCAGUCACCAUCGAAAAACAAGUACCAUACCCUGUACCAGUUGAAAAACAAAUACCAGUACCAGUCACCGUUGAAAACCAAGUACCAUACCCAGUACCCAUCGAAAAACAAAUACCAGUACCAGUUCCCGUUGGACAUUCCAGCCACGGAGGAAUUGGACAUUCCUCUGAAGCCAUCGGUCUUUCAUCUGAAAACGUUGCCACCAUUGGAAUAGCACCAGCACACUUCGGCGGUGCCGGAAUUUCUUCCGGACACAUCGGCAGCGUUGGAUUUUCUUCUGGACACAUCGGCAGCAUCGGACUCGGAUCAUCUGGAUACGGAGGAGUCGGACUCGGUCACGGUGCCGUUAGCGAACAACAAGUUUUCACCGAACACAAACACGGUCACGGAAAAAUAACUGGAUAUUUUCAAAAAACCGUACACAGCCACGAAGGACAUGGAAGUUUCGGUGGUAGAGUUUUGAACGAAGAAGAAGAAAAACACCAACAAGAAAUCGACAACCACAUUCAUUAA